CCUCCUCCUCCUGCUGGAUACACGCGCCCCAGUGAUUGUUUCCAACGGCAGGAGAACGAGCGAGCGAGUUGAGCGAGGAGUUUACCGUUACUGUUCAGCUUAGCUGUAACGGAGGAGAAGAGGAGGAGACACCGGAGGAGCAGGUGGGAGAGGAGAACCGGAGAGCCGGGCUCGGUGAGCCGGAGAGAGGAGCUCCACAACUCGGCAGGAAUCCGAUAGAAGCGUCGCUCUCCGUCUUUGUGGUGACUCAACAAGAUCACACAGUCUUCACCACGCCCCUCUCAUGCUGACUGAGAAUGGAUGAUAUAGAGUACGGGGUCCAGAUCGGUGAGAACAAGUUCAUCAGGAAGGAAACCGUCCUCUCACAUCUGAAGACGUACAACCUCUACUAUGAAGGACAAAAUCUGCAGCUCAGACACAGAGAGGAAGAGGGAGAGCUGGUUGUUGAGGGCCUGUUAAAUAUCUUCUGGGGUCUGCGGCGACCAAUCAGGCUUCAGAUGCAGGAUGACCACGAGAGAAUACGACCACCCCCCUCCUCUACUUCCUGGCACUCGGGUUGCAAUCUGGACAGUCAAGGUUCCCCAAACAGUACAGAUGGCCAACAGACUACACAGCAGAGCCCGCCCACAGUGGAAGUGACGCCACCUGACAGCCAACCAGAGAACGACGGAGUGAUGGAAGAACAGGCAGAUGAGGACAGUGAGAGCACAGCUCAGCUCCUCAGAACAAAGAGCGAUGCCGGCGUCUUAAGACGGGGCCAGCGACGGUCACCGAGUGACCAGCGGAAAAUCAGACGCCAUCGCUUCUCCAUCAACGGACACUUCUACAACCAUAAGACAGCAGUGUUUACUCCUUCUUUCGGCUCAGUGACUAAUGUUCGGAUAAACAGCUGCAUGAGGACACCUCAGGUGCUUCGAGUUCUCCUCAACAAGUUUAAAAUUGAAAACAGCCCAGAUGAUUUUGCGCUCUACCUUGUCCAUACAAGUGGAGAGCGUGUGAAACUGAAGCGGAGUGACUAUCCUCUGGUCCUGAGAGUGAUGCAGGGCCCGUGUGAGCAAGUUUGCAAGGUUUUCCUCAUGGAAGAAGACCUCGGAGAAGAAGUCACAUAUGAUGUUGCGCAGUACAUCAAGUUUGAAAUGCCUGUCCUGCAGAGUUUCAUCACCAAACUGAAGGAGGAGGAGGACAGAGAAGUGCAGAAACUCCAGAGAAGGUAUACAUACCUGCGAUGUAUAAUUGAGAAGCAGCUCAGAUGUCUUCCAGAGGGGACGACGUGUAUGUGAGCUGCUCGUCAAGUUGUCAAAGGUACCACGUCCUCCACUCGCCUGUUACCACAAGAGUGACCAAGAAUCAGCUCACGAGAACCCCAGUGUGUACGUGUUUCAGCAAUUAUCCUGACCCUCCAGAACCCCUGCCUCUGCAUGGAGGCAAAUCAUCAGUCCAUCAACUCACAGACAUAACUUUAACGUGCUAUAUUGUGUGCAUGUUAAGUGGGACCAUUCCAGCAAUAUUAAGACCCAUCCACCUUUUCUCUUUGUCAUCUAACACAGAUACGACAUUCCUGAGUCAUUUUAAGCUGUUUGCAGCAUAAUGACCCUAAAAUGAGACACCCUGUCUUUGGUUUACCCUCCAGAUUGCAAUCUUGUACCCAAAAUCAAUUUAAAGCACAAACAUCAUAUAAUGUGAUUUUAAUAAGUGCCUGUCAAAAGGUUUCUCCAAGCACAAAGAUACAUGCUUUAACCCUUAGUUUUAAAAUUGUUAUUAUAAUGUGUUAUACAAUAGUAAAACAUCAGACCACAGUUUCUGGAAAAACUCUGAAAACACGCUGAAUAACUGUGUGCCUUCACUGUUGCUUGUGGUUUGAGAAUUUGUUAGAUAUUAAAAUUGAAUUAAUUAAAUUGCCCCUUCCGAUUUAAACUCAGCUGAGAAGAUCACUGUAGGGGUUAUUGUAGGUCAUGUGAACAGAUAAUCUGUUUAUGUUGUGUUGGUGGUCUGAUGGAGAUGGCUGUCUGUUCUUUCUUUGCAGGCAUUCAAACUGAAUGUUUAAGACAUUUAAUGAUUGAGGUUAAAAUAGCUCAACAUUUUGGGAAAUAUUUUCUUGCAGAGUUUGUUGUAUUUUUGUAAAAACAGCAGCUGGAUAGCUUAGCAUAGCACAAAGGUUUGAAACAACUAGCGUGGCUGGGUCCAUUAGUAACAGAAUCCACCUGCCAGCAUCUCUAGCAAUAAAUGAUACCCUUCCACUAAAAUUGGCGUGUAUAUGCAGGCUUUUAAAAAAAAAAAACAAGUUCAAAAUAGGCGAUACUCCUUUCACAUUGCCUUUUUUUUUCUGGUUUCACAUCACAAACAUGGCAGACUUGUCUUACUGCUUUCCAGAUGUUAACAUAUUUCUCAGUGUAACAGAUUUGACAUGUAUUUCAUCUUCUAUCUCAAAUGUAAAAAACAACAAAUUGUGUUUUUAUAGGGGAUUAUGUGCCAGACUUUUUCUUGGUCAGAACAUAAUGUAGUUUUGAACUGUAAAACAGCACUUUGUUUUUUUUUACAGACUAAACAAACAGGAAAUAACAUGCUAGAAGUUCUAAUAGGCAGAUUUAUAUACCUUUGGACCCAGUCAGGCUAGCUGUUUCCUUCUGUUUCCAGUCUUUGGGCUAAGCUAAGCUAAUUGGCUAGAUUCAUAGACCCUGCUACCAAUCUUCUCAUCAGCAAGAAAUCAAAUUAGCUUAUUUCCCAAAAAGAAAUCCUUUUUGGUCUCUUUUGCAGUGUAUUGUGCUUAUUUGCAUUCUGCCUUGUAUAAAAUGGCUAAAAGAUGUCAUGUUGAGAUUUUAAAAAGCACAGUAACAUACUGUUUGAUCAAUGAACAAUUUCCAACAUCAUUCUUCACAAUGACUCCUGGUAGGAGUUGGACUUUGGACUGACAAUACAAAAAUGAAAUAUUAUUUGCAGAUUAACUUUUUUACAGAAUGGCACGAGUGAAAUCCCACAAGACUGUGAAUUAUGCUGAUCGUCUUUGUUGGAGGAAUGUUGUAAAUGAAUGAAUGAGCGUCUCAAAGAAGCAGCACAAUUAGCCUCCACAUGUACAGCGCUUUGCUUUUGUCUGUCUGUCCGUUCAAUAUCUCUUAACAUUGCUGUUAAAAAAACCUCUUAACCGCACAGAACAAAGUGUCAUCAAGAGUGUGUGUGUGAUUCUGAGAGUGUGCAUGUUAUAUUUUUAGUGACUCUUAAGACUUGCCUGCUUUUGUAUUGUGUCUUUUACAAAAUAAUGAUCUUUAAGAUGUUAAGAACUCAUGCCACUACUUGGAAAAUGUAGGUUUUUUUCGUACAAUGAUUGUUAUUUAAUAAAAAAAAGUUAUCUUGAAAAAAACAUGAUUAUGUACUGUGUAUAUGUAAUCAUCUGUCACUACUGUCAGGUCCGUGGGUGAAAAGCUGAGCAUGUUGUGUAAUGAUGUUUAAAUCUUGUAUAAUGUAAAAUGCCAAAUGAGAUAAAACAUUAGUCAAACCUU